AUGGAUCUAUUAAAUAUUAACUUAUCAAAAUUUAAUGGUUUAGCAUUUAUUUGGCUUGAUACUAAAGCGAUUACUGAUAGAGCAGUGUUUGAUACUCUAAGUUCGCCGGACAAAUGGUUUGCUCAUGAAAACUCAGAUGAAUGUGAACACUUCAUACGUAGUUUAGAAAAUAAACAAAUAUUUCUGGUAACAUCUGGUAGUUUGGGCCUUACAACUAUAAGAUCGAUUCAUGAUCUUCCACAAUUACAUUCGGUUUAUAUCUAUUGUCAAGAUAAAUCACGUCAUUCACAAUGGGCUUCUAAGUUUGACAAAAUACGAUUAGUCGAUAACACUACACAACCUCUAAUAUCACAAUUAGCAAUUGAUGUAGCGCACAUCUGUGAGAACAUCGGUGAUCAACAUUCAAGACUAAAUGAACAUAAACAGGCAUUAGUGUGGUACGAAAGAGCACUUGAAAAGAUAAAACAACAUAAUGGUUUAACUAAGGAUGAAUUUGUUAAUGCAUUACAAUCUAAAAUAGAUAUCAGUACAGUAGCAUGCCAGCGUUUUCAACAACGUCCACAACAAUUGGGAAAAGGAAUGAAUGAAGUUAAACGUCAACAUGAGUUGCUACAACAACUGCUUGAUGCGCCAACACCAUUAUCAUCAACAGAAAAGGAUGAGAAACACAUAGCUGCUACCAUUAAAAAGAUCGACGAAUGGGAACGAAAAAAUAUAAAGCAAAUAAGAACAGCAGCUGAGCGUGUUCGACAACAACUACAGAAGCAAAUAAAUGAAAUAAACAAAGUUAAAGAUGAUUUUCGUUUAAUAACCGAUGAAUUAAGACAGAAGCAAUCGGAAGAUGAUUAUGUUGAAGCAGAUUUGCAACAACCGCUGGAAAAAUUACAACAACUGAAACAUCAACUUGAAAUCUCUGAUACCAGUCAAAUAGAUGUUCAGAUAACUGAUGACAUUGACUGGUCAUCAAUGGUUAAAUUAGUCAAAUCUACAGAAGCCAAGUCCAUGAAAGUCAAUUUUGAUUUAAUAAAAACAAGAGAACCACAGAUAGUGCUCGAUGUUCCUACUGACGAAAAUGAUAUUAGAAUGGGUGCGUCGAAUAAAUCAUUUCUAUUUUAUGAUAAUGAUACAAAGAAAUUAGAUUUAUAUGACCAAGCUGGUUUGAAGCAUACUGAGAAAUUACCUAUUAAGAGUAACAUUUGGGAGAUUGUUUGGUCAUCGCAUUUCCAUAAAUAUUUAUUACAAGCGGAUACUUCAUUUUAUACAUAUGAUGAGCAAAAUCAUCAAUUUGAGCCUCUUCAACAAAUUAAACCCCUUGAGCCAAAAAUAAUGUUUUCUGGUUGUACUUGUUUCAAUGAAAUUUUAGUUAUUUGCUAUGAAGGUCCGGGUUGUCGAAUAGAAGAAUGGAAUUUGAACGAUUUCACCAUAAGAAAGCACUGGAAGAAUGAAACUGAAAGGCGUAUUAUUCAAAUGCUUUUUUCUAUUAAAAAUCCAAAUCAUAUUGGAGUUACUGCUAGUGAUCAAAAAGACAUUCGUCGAUUUGAAUUACGUGACAGAGAUAUGAAAAUAUUGAAAGUUGUUAACAUAGAUCGAUGUUCAUAUCCCAUACCAAUACCGACAACAGGUGAUUGGUUGAUUUCCCAUAAGGAUUCCAAAGUUUUCAGUCUAGUUAAAGACGACUGUACAUCAGAAACGAUUAUUGAAUAUAAUGAGAAUGUUGAACAAGCCGUAUUUCUUGCUGAUUCUAAUUAUUUGGCUAUUGCAACACAAAAUAAUAAAUUACGUUUUUAUUACGUUUUAUAA